GGCUUAACCUCGCCGUUUAACGUGCUACGAAAGUGUGCGAUUGGAAGUCGUGCUCGGAUGCCGGCGUCUUUUCACCGACGUCUCGUGCAGCGAUGGAUCACGUGAAAAGCCAGGGGACGUCAGAUCCACUGAAAAUCGGCGGAAAAGGCCGCGCUUGCGUAACCCGAAAAAAGUUUUCCCCGUAGUGCGUUCCCUCGUGGAGCGAGACAGAUAAAAAUACGAGAGAAAGAUAAGGGGGCGAGAAGGAAGAAAGGAAGAAAGAAAAAUCGCGAACGUAAACGCGAACAGAGAAAAAGGAAUAAACGAAGAAGCGACUGCAUCUUGAUAUCUCGAACGAACAAAUAAUGGGUUGAAUUCUCGCAAAGUUUCCUCUUUUUUUUUCUCUCUUUUUCAUUUUCAAACGGAAACUCGAACGAAGAAGAAGAAGAAAAAGAAGAAGAAAGCAGAAGGAAAAUUUAACGAUGCCGAUGAUAAGGUGCUGUUGCACGAAGACGAUAUCGCGCGUCUUCUCGAGCGAUGCCGAACCCUUUGGAAGAUCAGAAUCCCAAGGAUUGUCGCAGCCCGCAGACGAGAUAGUUAACGAGAAGGGUCUGGAUAUUGUGACACGGUGCUAGUGAAGUGCGGAUUGUUUGCCCGUUCGUAAUCGCGGCGACAAAUGAUCCAGAAGAAAUUCAAUUCGCCUCGAAUCCCCCUGCGAUAAUCGUCGCAUUAUUCGCAUUUAAUCCGGCGGUUCUCGUUGCUCGAACCUUUCGUAUCGAACCAACGGUUUUUUCAACUUUCUUUCGGCUCGAACAACCGCGACCUGCGAUCGAUCGCGUAUUCUCUUUAGUUCGUCCACUAUCGUAGCCUGUUGCUCGAUUGUAACCGCGUUAAAGAGGAGCAAGCUCGAGGACGCGUUAGAACGCAAUCGAUCGAUAGAUGUUUCGUCGGGUAGAAUGAAUUCUUUUCGAUCCCCGUAUCGAUAAGGUGAGAAAAAAAAAGUCGGUUGUUACGGUACCGGUAAUAAAGGAUCGGCCGCGUAAUCGUAUCAGAUUGAAUAAUAAGGUUGCUCAAGGCUACCGAAAACCAUUGCCCCCGAGCUGUGUUGCUCGUGUCUGGGAAUAACGAGGAAUCUUUACGAACGGGAGCAACGAAGGCCUCUAAUGUCACUCCGGUUCGAAGGCUUUCAGAGGCGACAGAUUAACAGAUAAAACCCGCCGAGAGGCCGAGCGAGACGUGCCAAAAUUAUUUGUCAGUCGUUUGAGGACAGUUUCAUUGAGAAUCUGGCGUCGAGUAUACCGGGCCAGUGACCUCGGUUAAACCGUUCGAAAGGAAUGCUUUCUCGAAAGCGUAGCAUCGCGGAGCCUACCGAUCUCUCGUAUCGAACGUCCUCGUGUCGGUUGAUCGGUUCGUGAAAAAAAUCAAAACAUAGAUUUAAAAAGAAGAACAAGAUGUGCUGGAGGAUCGUUCGCGCGUAAAAGUUUCCAGGGACGCGGGUCUCGAGUGUUCGGUUCGAAUCAGUCACGCGAGGGAACACCGAACGCGUUCGUAUACUAAAAGUUUGUUUUCUUCGACGUUCGACCGACUUUGACGAAAGUACACCGGAGAAGUAAACAUAAAGCGUUAUCGGGUUCUCGAGCGUCAGUCUGUCCUGUUCGGUUCCGAAGUACGCAACGUGAUAGUUAAGUGAACACGGGGUGAUUAUCGAGGUGAGACGCGAUUUCUGGAUCGUUUACGAGGACUGUUUUUUUUUAGACAUUUUAAUUGAAUCGUGAUCGAACGAUCUAUUAAGUGUCCUUACUACGAAAUUUCUCGCUUGGAAUCGUAUGGACACUUGGGAGAUAAUUAAGAGGGAAUCGAUACUUGACGUAUCGAGAGUGAUGAGAAAAGGAGAGGACGGGAAUCGAACAGAGGUAACGAGGCAACAACGCGAAUGGUGACUGUAGUUGGUACCGAGGUGCACCAUCGCCGACAACAUUUCCUCUUCGUACAAUGGACGUUUUCAAAAUCGACCAGUCGCUGAGCGCGGGUCUGGGUAGCGCCCCGGCACCAGACACCCUUACACCGGAAGUGUCAUUCGACGCCGGUAGUGAAUUCAAUCUGAGCUUCUUCGACGGACCGGAGGAGAACAGCACCCAAGGAUUCAGCGAUCCCGGUUCCGUGGGUAGUGCCAGCGCAUCGCCUCCGCCAGGAACACCCGGAAACAUCCCUGUUAAUCCCUCGAACGCUGCCCUACCGAUAGUCCAAGUACCCUCUGGCAUCGUCAUUAAGCAAGAACAACACUACGCGGCCGCCGAUUCGAACAGUUCGACGCCCGCGAAGAGUUUCGUGGCCUGUAGAGUUUGCGGUGACAAGGCGAGCGGUUACCAUUACGGCGUAACCAGCUGCGAGGGUUGCAAAGGUUUCUUCAGGAGAAGUAUUCAAAAGCAAAUAGAAUACAGGUGUCUGAGGGACGGCAAGUGUCUUGUCAUCAGAUUAAAUCGGAACCGCUGCCAGUACUGCAGAUUUAAGAAGUGCCUAGCUGUCGGCAUGUCCAGGGACUCUGUAAGAUACGGCAGAGUGCCGAAACGUUCAAGGGAACGUGGCCCCGAGGACGCUGUCCCGACCACCACGACAACGACGGCGACCACGGGUGUCCAGCAAUUAACUUCUCCCGGCGGUGGCAAUAAUAACAACAAUAAUAACAAUAAUAACAACAACACUACGAGUCAGAAUAAUAACAAUAGCAGCGGGCAGGGUCAGAACGCCAUACCGUGUGUGCCAGCAGCCGCAGUAGUGGAAGCGGAUCAGUCAGACGCAGACGUGAAACAGUUGGCUGUGUACGACGUGAUACUUCAAGUCUCUCAGGCGCAUCAUGCUCAUUGCGGUUUCACCGAGGAAUCAACGAGAGGCAUCGUCCGGAAACCAAUGAUAAUACCGGCGAGUACUUCUUCGCAGCCGGCCAGUCCAGAGGACCCGGAGGCGGCAUCCUCGACUGCGGAAACAGUUGAAUCGCAAAGGAUCUGGCUUUGGCAACAAUUCGCCACCAGGGUAACACCGUCGGUUCAAAGGGUGGUGGAGUUUGCCAAAAGGGUGCCAGGAUUUUGCGAUCUUUCGCAGGACGAUCAGCUGAUCCUCAUCAAAGUCGGUUUUUUCGAGGUCUGGCUAAGCCAUAUCUCGAAGAUGACCACCGAUAGUUCGAUGACCUUCGAGGAUGGCACUUGUAUCACCAGGCAGCAAAUGGAAUUGAUGUACGAGCCAGACUUUGUGUCCGCUUUGAUGCAAUUCACAUCGUCCCUAAACGGCCACCAAUUGUCGGACACCGAGCUGGGCCUUUUCUCCGGUGCUGUACUUCUGGGCGAGAGGCCGGGACUGAACGAUGUGAAGGCGGUCCAAAGGCUUCAGGAUCGUCUACUCGAGGCGUUGAAGGUUCAAGCUUUACGGAAUCACACGGUAUCCGGCGAGGCUACCUCGGCGGGUGGCUGUUCCGGUGUAUCGAGCGUUUCGCAAAGGAUACCAGAAUUGAGAGCCCUCGGUGCCAGACACGCGAAUCUCCUCGAUUGGUUCAGAAGGAACUGGACCAAGCUCAAAUUACCACCUCUCUUUGCCGAGAUAUUUGACAUUCCCAAGUGCGAGGAAGAUCUUCAGUGAAGAGAAUGUUUCAGAGUACAUCGAGUUAAUUCGACGAAAACGAACGGCCCUGCCAGGGGAGAAUCUUCUCCGAUUAGCCAGUGCUCGUCGCACAAAACACGGGCUGGAACGUUUCGAGAACGAUUUGUUUUCGGUAGCUGGCAGUGAUGUAGAACGGUACGAUGAGACGGCACUCGGUUCCAUUGGAAAAGGACGCCUAAGGAUCGUUGAUCCGCCGCGUUUUUGACGGCUCGAUCACGCCCGAUCCGUCGUGUACUGUUCGUUUCAUUCACACACGGACGGAAGAUGGAUCGUUUCGAGAUGCGAACGGUACACGCUACUGAUUGAAACACUCUUGACACGAUACAGAAAGAUAAAGACAGAGAGAGAAAGAGAGAAAGAAAGUUUAUUGAUUCAGUAAGGAUGAAAACGAAUGGAUGCAAUUACCGGUCGAAACGAAUAAUUCUUGCUACAAGUAAUCUUCUUUUUAGAACAACUACCUACGAGAAAUAUCAAGAAAAUCUCUUUCGAGUGUUAUAGAUCGUGCAAAGAUGAGUAAUUGGAACGAAAACGGAAGACGGAUUCGUACGAUUCGUUUCAGAUAUGUCGCGCACUACUUGGUAGGUGAAGCAUUUUAAAUACUCAAUCGAUGAUGAAGGGAAUUAAGAAAGUUUCGUGUCACGUUGGUCCAUCCGCAUAUCGAUGAUUGCAAUAAUGCGACGCGACGAUCGACACACUCGUCGCGUCGAUAAAAAUAGCACAAAAUCCUGAUCAAUUUACAGACGCGUUUAUUACGAUAUCAAAGGGAAUAAUUCGCGAACGAAUCUUUUGGAAAUAAGAACGGAACAGAUAGCGUGCAGCAUUCUGUCGAGACCAGUUGUCGAACACUGUCUCUCACGGAUUUUACCUCUAGCAGAUGUAACGUCGAAUUUCGUUAGACAUAUCGAGAUGCAAUAUCGUAUUAUUUUUCAUUUUACCUCUUGGAACGAUUUUUCCAUUCUUCUAGAAAACUGCGAAUCGACAGGCGGACUGCAUGCUCGCGUAAAUGAAUCACAUAGUGGUAUUCUAAUAUAUGUAUGCAUGUAAUGUACGUACGUGAAUUGCAACUGGUACUAGAUAACAAAUGCACGUGCGUAAGAAACUGAACACUUAUACACUUAUUACAGAUAUAAAGAACAAACAAAGAAAACAAAAAAAUGGUAAAAUGUUUCAUGCUAUAUUUAAAAGCUCAAGAGGAAAUCUUUUAUAGGACGUGUCUGUUUAGAUGCAUCCGCUACGAAUCUCAAUCUAUGCAAUCUCUAUUUUUAUUACUUAACAUGUAGUAUAGUGAAUUACCUUCUAAUAGAUAUUGUUGCAUCGCUUCAGGGUGUUCCACGGAAACGGUGAAUAAAAUAAACGGUGGCUUCUACGAGUAUGAACGAAAACUGUUCUUUCGUUGAGUGAUGUAUUUUUUAAUCAAAGAUAUUUCGCAUCGUGUACGUUCUAAAGGAAGGAAAGAAAGAAAGAAGGUUGAAAGGAUUAAAUACGUUACGUAUCGUAUAUAUAAUAUAUUAUAUGUAUGUAUUUACUUGUUGCGUUAAAUUGUUAUAUUUGUUAUCGAUUACGGCCGAAGAAAAAAAAAGAUAGAGAGAAAUCGUUUUUUUCCGAUUGUUGAUGAAAUCCUGAAGUGAGCAUGUUUGAAUCUUCAAACUCUUCGAAACGCUAAUAAUUCUCUGACAAUGACUAGCAUGUAAUGCGUAUCGAUAUGUAAUUAAUAUACAUAUACAUAUUAUAUAUAUAUUCAUUGUGAGAG